AAAACAAUUAACCCCACCAAGGCUUUGUUGUGUGGUCCAGCGACUCGACUCCGGAUUCUCAUUUGGUACCAGCGUAGCUCGAGCAUAUUACCGCCAGCAUGUCUCAAUCAGGAGCGACAGUCUCGCAGGACUGCAUUACUGCGUACAACGACCUUAAGCUUCAGAAGAAGUACAAGUACGUCAUCUUCAAGCUGUCAGACGACAACCGAGAAAUCGUCGUCGAGGAAGCCUCAGCGGAUAAGGACUGGGAAGCCUUCCGUGAAAAGCUCGUCAACGCUACCACCAAGAGCAAGUCCGGUGCUGUUGGCAAGGGUCCCCGAUAUGCCGUGUACGACUUCGAGUACAACCUUGCUAGUGGUGAAGGCUCCCGAAACAAGAUUACCUUCAUCGCAUGGUCGCCCGAUGAAGCCAAUGUUAUGAUGGUGUACGCCUCCUCGAAGGAGGCCCUAAAGCGCGCUCUCAAUGGUAUCGCCACCGAACUGCAGGCCAACGACCAGGACGACAUCGAAUACGACACAAUCCUGAAGGUGGUUAGCAAAGGCUUGGCUUAACCGUUAUUCAGCUUCUUCUAAAACCCUGAGAGAGCGACCACGAUGAAUGAGGUGGUUGCCCGAUGAUUACUAGUUGAGGGGGCACUCGCGUGCCAAGGAAAUCCACGACGUCUACGAAAACUGCAGCAGGAUGGACAUAAACAACACCCCUACUACUACCUUUUUAUAAAGUAGGGCCAGUUUGAGAUCACUUCUUCUCUUUUUUUUCCUUUAGAGGCAUGACAUGAAAUU